AUGGCAGUCACUACCCAUAUAGAAAAUGGUUAUGAUAGGAACGUUAAAACCGCAGUGGCAUUCAUAGACCUAUCAUCUGCCUAUGACACCGUCUGGAGAAAAGGGCUUUUAUUAAAAUUCUUGGAUGUGAUUCCAUGCAAAACGGUACUAAAACUUAUCAACAAAAUGCUCUGUAACAGAUGUUUUACUGUUUACAUUGGAGAAGAAAAAAGAAAAAUAAAGAUGCUAAAUAAUGGCCUUUCUCAAGACUCUGUCUUGGCACCCCUUCUCUUUAACCUAUAUAUUAGGGACCUUCCAGCGACAACUGCAAGAAAAUUUAUCUAUACUGAUGACUUAGUCUUAGCUUGCCAGAGUAAAAAUUUUGAUGACCUAGAAAACAUCUUGUCUGAAGACCUUGAUAUACUACAUAAGUUCUUCAAUCAACGGAGACUCAAACCAAAUCCAUCAAAAACGGAAGUCACGUUCUUCCAUCUGAAUAACAGAAGAGCAAACCAGGAGAUAUGGGUACAGUUUGGAGAGCAGUUAGUGAAAAAUAACCCUUACCCCAAGUAUCUGGGUGUGGUACUGGACAGAACGCUCACGUUCAAGAACCAUCUAGCUAAACUAUCAGCGAAAAUAAAGACCCGUCAUAGCAUAAUUCUCAAAUUGAGUGGUACGUCAUGGGAAGAUAACGCAAAUACCCUACGAAUCACUAUGCUAUCACUAGUAUAUUCAGCUGCGGAAUACUGCGCCCCAGUAUGGAUAAAUAGUACACAUACCAAUAAACUUGAUACACAGCUCAAUUCAGUAAUGAGAAUCAUAGGGGGGACAUUAAAAACUACCCCUUUAAAAUGGCUCCCAGUACUGAGCAAUAUAGCUCCUCCUAGGAUCCGAAGAGAAUAA